UCCGUUGCUGGCUUUGGAGAAGGCGUGUUCUGCGCGCUCCUCUCUUUUCAUUUCACAAUGGAAUUUUUACUGCGUUUGCUAUUAAUAAUCGUCAAAUUUUCCACUCGAAUACUUAACGCUGUGCACAAUGCAAUUCGUGGCCCACAACAACAACAGAAGCCAGAGUCCAGCUGCCUGCCAGCCAUUACCAAUCGCCUGCUGACGCUUAGCGCUCAGGAGCUGCGCACGCAACUGCGUUCCCGCCAGCUGACUGCCGUCGAGCUGGUGACAGUCUACAUUGAGCGCAUUAAAGCCGUCAAUUCCCAGCUGAACGCUGUGGUCGAGGAUCGCUUCGAGGCGGCGCUACUCGAGGCUGCCGCCGUUGAUAAGCGCAUCGCUGCUGCUGGCGAUGUGGAGCAGCUGUUUGAGAGGCAGCCACUGCUGGGUCUACCGGUCACCGUGAAGGAGUCCUGUGCCUUGGCCGGCAUGUCCUUUGCCGUGGGCAGCUUGGCGCGAUCCAAAAUGCGUGCGGAUUCGGAUGGUGCUGCUGUAGGGCGCGUUCGCGCCGCUGGUGCCAUACCCUUGUUGGUCUCUGCCACACCCGAAUAUUGUUUUUCCAUCGAUACGGAUACACUGCUAAAUGGACGCUGCCGGAAUCCGUAUGAUCUCAAGCGCACCCCUGGCGGCAGUUCCGGCGGCGAAGGCGCUUUGAAUGGAGCUGGAGCCUCGCUGUUUGGCAUUGGCUCGGACAUUGGCGGCUCCAUACGGAUACCCAGCUUAUUUUGUGGCGUCUUUGGCCACAAGCCCACUGGGGGCGUGGUCUCAGUGGCUGGCCACUUUCCCAAUUCCGACGAUGCGGACUUUGCGAACUAUUUGGUCCUCGGCCCAAUAACACGAUUUGCCGUCGAUCUCGCACUGCUCCUGGAGGUGAUGGCCGGCGAGAAUGCGUCCCAGCUGCAUCUACACGACCCACAGCCGCAGCUCGGCAAGCUGAGGGUGCUCUUCUCCACUGCGGGCUUCGUUGGACUCAACGGUCGAAUGCAUCACACCGUUGACAGGGACAUUAAGCGAAGAAUGCGCGAUGCUCUCUCGUAUCUGGUGUCGAUCGGGCUGCAAGUCAAACGGGCCCAGUUGCCAGCUGGCUUCAACAACUCCAUGGAGAUAGCGAUGAGCAGCAUUGCCCGCCUGCAGCAGAUGCCAUAUGCCCUGGGCGAACCAACAAAGGGCUCAGUCUGCGAAACACUUGUUCAAGUAAUGCGCAGCCUCCUCAAACUCUCCAAUCACACAACCAACGCCCUGAUCUUCGAUCUACUGCGUCGCGCAAAGGCCUUUAUGCCCGGCCAGCGAUUGGAAUAUUAUCAGAAAGAGGCGCAAACGCUUGCUGUUGAGUUAACUCAAAUGCUUGGAGAGGAUGGUGUCCUGAUCUUCCCCACAAUGCAUGCGGCUGCCCCGCUGCACGGAUGGUCAUCGCUGCAGAUGUGGGGCGUCGAUUUGACGCUGAUUUUCAAUGUGCUUGGAAUGCCGGUAACUCAUGUGCCCAUGGGCCGCAAUAGGCUUGGCUUACCCAUUGGUUUCUCGGUAAUUGCGGCGCCAUUUCAGGAUCGCUUGUGCCUCCGUAUUGCUGUUGAAAUGGAGCGCGAAUUUGGCGGCUGGCGGCCACCAAGUCCCAUUACGUUAUCCAACUAAUAAAUCUAUAUUUAAGAUUGUACACAAACAAGAACAUAAGUAUUUCGAAAUAAAGGGCAUAAUAUAUGUGGAUAA